AUGUGGACCCCGGGCCCCCGGCAGAUCUGCCUCGGCUUCCUCUCCAUCUGUCUUCUCUCGACCAUCUUCUUCCUCCACGUCUACCGAGACCUCUUCCAAAGUGCCUUCGACCUGACCAUCCUGCGUCCACCCCGCUAUCUGAAGACGACGCCGGUGGAAUUCUUCUGCCUCUCGCGCACCUCGGGGACCGUCAACUCCUCCUGUCGCUGCCCCCAGCGCCCCGUGUCCCCCUCGGGAACCUGGACGUUCCAGCCGGACGGCCGCUUAGGGAACCAGAUGGGGCAGUAUGCCACCCUGCUGGCCCUGGCCCAGCUCAACGGCCGCCGGGCCUACAUCCAACAGGCCAUGCACGCCACCCUGGCCCCGGUGUUCCGCAUCACCCUGCCGGUGCUGGAGCCCAAGACCGACGAGCGCACGCCCUGGCAGUCGCUGCAGCUCCACGACUGGAUGUCCGAGGAGUACGCCCACCUGGACGACGCCUACCUCAAGCUCUCGGGCUUCCCCUGCUCCUGGACCUUCUUCCAUCACAUCCGUGAGCAGAUCCGCAGCGAGUUCACGCUGCACCCACACCUGCAGCGGGAGGCGCAGGAGCUGCUGAGGCCACUCCGCCUGGGGGAGGCCGGGGCGCGCCCCCGCACCUUCGUGGGGGUCCACGUGCGCCGUGGAGACUAUCUGGAGGUCAUGCCCAAUCGCUGGAAGGGCGUGGUGGGCGACCGGGCCUACCUCCAGCAGGCCAUGGACUGGUUCCGGGAGCGCCACGAGGCCCCCAUCUUCGUGGUGGUCAGCAAUGGCAUGGCGUGGUGCCGGGACAACAUAGACACCUCCCGGGGGGACGUGGUCUUCGCUGGCGACGGGCAGGAGACCUCGCCCGCCAGGGACUUCGCGCUGCUGACCCAGUGCAACCACACCAUCAUGACCAUCGGCACCUUCGGCUUCUGGGCCGCCUACCUGGCCGGUGGGGACACCGUCUACCUGGCCAACUUCACCCUGCCAGACUCCAGCUUCCUGGAGAUCUUUAAGCCGGAGGCCGCCUUCCUGCCUGAGUGGGUGGGCAUCCCCGCAGACCUGUCUCCACUCCAGGAAGUGAAGACCGCGGUUCAGUGA